UGUGAUGUGGUGUUGUCCAGUGGCUUCUUGGCUUUUGCCAGCCACUCUGGCUUUCUCAAGGCGGUGGAUAGUGCUGGGCUGGCGGUGGGCGGAGUCAUGGGCACAAGUGCUGGAGCGCUGACUGGAUCGUUGUACUGCGCUGGGUACUCUCCGAAACAGGUGGCGGCUGAGCUGUCGCGGGUGGCGCCGAUCAACCUGCUGCGGCCCAGCUGUCGGCCGUGGGCGGGUGGCGCCGUUUCUCUCGACGCCGUCGUGCAACGGCUGCGAGAGCUGCUGCCGCCCAGAUUCGAGGACCUGGACAAGGAGUUUGCGGUGGGUGUGGUGAGCGCAGAUGGGCGCUACAGGCUGAUUGACAGCGGCCCCCUGCCAGAGGCGGUGGCUGCCUCUGCGGCCAUCCCUUUCAUCUUUGAGCCCCUGCAUGUGCCAGGGCAGGAGGGGGGUCCGUUCAGGGACGGGGGCCUGGUCGACCGGACUGGUCUGGGUGCGUGGCGGCAGAGGCGUUCCCUGCGCGGGUCAGGGGUCCCCCCGGCGCUCAUCCACCUCAUCCAGCGCUCCUCGAACUUCUCCGGCAACGACGACGUGGAGGCCACCGGAGAGCGGCGCAUAACGGUGGUGCGGUCGCCCAAGAGCGGCGUCAACUUUUUCUCGCUCGGCGACUUUGACCGCCACUUCGACGCCGCCUACCAGCGCGCAGCACCCGCCAUGCGCCAGGUCAGCGCUCCCAGCAUGCAUGCACAAAAUCUUUCCUCAUGUGCUGCAAAUGGUGGAGAUAGUCAAACGCUGAAUGUGUUCCACAUGCAUGAUACACUCAGGAAACGUGCCAUUUCAAGCACAUUCACACUUCAAGCUUGUUUUCUCUGUGCUGCAAUUUUGUUACCUGAUGUGCUCCUCUCACUCUGA